UAAUUUCAACUGCUGAUCACAGGGCUCCUUUUUAGUUUUGUUUUUUGCAUAGUUCUCAUAUCAUAAAACAAAAAAAUGGAAGAUGCGAUGAGGAGACUUAACCAAGAAUCCGAUAUCCCUCUUCAAACCACCACUUAUACCACGAAGAGAUCAUGUGGCGCAAACAAAAGAUCACUCAAAGACGGUGGUGGUUCAUCUGUCGGGGCGGUGAGGUACCGUGGCGUUCGCCGCCGUCCUUGGGGCCGGUAUGCAGCGGAGAUAAGAGACCCUCAGUCUAAAGAAAGGAGGUGGCUCGGCACUUUUGAUACCGCAGAAGAAGCUGCUUGUGCUUACGAUUGUGCUGCUAGAGCCAUGCGCGGUGUUAAAGCACGAACAAAUUUUGUUUACCCUCCUUCUCCUACUCAACCUACUUCAACUAAUGAUGGGUUAACGUUUCUUAAUAUUCCUAAUUCGUUUAACUAUACUUGUGCUAAGUCAUUUCCCUAUCAGGCUGCUCUAAAGGACUUGUCGAACAGACAAUUUUUGCACUCAUCUAAUUAUUUGCCUUCUUAUGGUUCUAGCAUUAGGGGUGUCAAUGGUACUACAGUUGCUACUGCGACUCAGAAAAGCAAUGAUUCGUUGAACAUGCUUCUAUUUCGUGAACUUCUUAGUUCCAAUUCUUCCAAUACUACUACUACUUCCCUUUCUUCAGACACUGGCUUUAACAACAACAUGCCUUUGUAUGAACAGCUUCCUUUAAUGUUUAGUCGCAAUAAUACUAGUAUUGGUUUGAAUUCUUCAACUUCUAAUUUGAUGAAUCAUACCUCUUCUUCUUCCACUUUUUUACCCACUACUAGCAACGCCAAUAUUCCCAGCUCCUCCGUUAUGACUCUGCCAAAAAUUGAAAACGUUCAUUCACUCAACAACAACAGUACUUGUAUUGAUGAUGAUUCGGGAAUGGACUUUUUUCCUUCAGAGCCAUCUGAUUCUGGAUUACUGGAAGAGGCCUUAAAUGGGUUUUUCCCAAAGCCCAAGCCCAGCAAGUCUGAGCCAUUCCCUUCCUCUAGUAAAGGAGAAUUAUCUGGAGUUUGUAAUAUUCCACAGCAGAUUAAUGAUGGUUUAAACAGUGGAUUUGAAUUCUCACAAACUUCAUCAUCUUUUCCAAUGUAUCAUCAAGAUUUUGCAGCAAAUCUUCAGGUGUCAUCAGGAGACAACAUGAUGGGAGACAUAUUUCAGUACCCAGACCUUCUCAAUAUUUUUGCAGCUAAGCUGCAGAAUUCUUGAACUUUUUGCUGCACAUCCCGAAGUACUCUAUCUAAACUAGUGAUCUAAAAUAUUGGUUUUUAGUAUGGUAUUAUUGACAAGAAAGUUUUUACUAGUUGAUCUUAU